UCUCCGGAACUAGAUGCCGAAGUCUCUUGUGUUACCGCCGGACGCAACGCUCACGGGACGCUUCCGGUUAGGAAUCAUGGCCGCGGUCGUUCGAGAGUCACGUGUGAGUGCGGGGAAAAAGCUGAAAAAUUCACUAAAGAAGAAGGGGAAGAUGAAAAUGGUAUCCCCGGCUGCAGCAUCGGAGCUGGAAGGUUCUGUAGGAAGCUGUGGAUCGGAAAAGGAUCACUUUUCCUCUGGUGAGGAAGCAGUAGAAGCUGACAAUGAGGAUGAAGCUGAGCCCUGUGACGAUGGCAGUGAAAAUGCUAUAGAAGCUAGUGUUGCAACUAAUGUGGGCUGGGCAGAUGCCAUGGCUAAAAUCCUUAACAAGAAGACUCCUAAAAGUAAACCCACCAUUCUGGUCAAAAACAAAGAGCUGGAAAAGGAAAAAGAGAAGUUAAAGCAAGAGAGACUAGAGAAAAGAAAACAGCUUGAUAAGAAGCGGGAAUGGGAAAUGAUGUGCAGAGUAAAGCCAGAUGUUGUCAAAGACAAAGAAACUGAGAGAAAUCUUCAGAGAAUUGCAACGAGGGGUGUGGUGCAAUUAUUUAAUGCUGUUCAAAAGCAUCAAAAGAACGUUGAUGAAAAGGUUAAAGAAGCUGGAGGCUCUAUUAGAAAGCGUGCUAAGCUGAUAUCAACUGUUUCCAAGAAAGAUUUCAUCAGUGUUCUCAGAGGGAUGGAUGGAAGCACAAAUGAGAAAAGUUUGACUGGGAAGAACUCUAAAGCCAAACAGAUGAACUGGAAAGAAGAGGGGCUGUCUGGCGAGCCCCAGUGUUGCCUGCCCAGACUAGACAGAGAGACUGAAGCAAAGUCAGAAGAGGGCCCAGGAUGGUCUAUCCUACGUGAUAAUUUCAUGAUGGGAGCAUCCAUGAAAGACUGGGACAAAGAAAGUGAUGGACCAGAUGACAACAGACAGGGGUCUGGAAGUGACUCUGACAUAUAAAGCUAUAUAAGAAACACAGUUUCCAUUUUAUUUUUCCUAGAAAAAUACUCAUGAUCUGAAAGUUGGGGAAUUAUAAAGAUACCAUUUGUAAGAGAACCAGAAGACUUUCACUAUUAUCAACUUUGGUGUUUCUCUUUUUCAUGUAAACUUGGUUAAAAUGAUAUUUCAAACCUUGCAUAAUUUUAAGCAUUGUUCUUUAGAACGUUUGUAGAAAGAAAUAUUUCGACUUGAGAUAUGCAUUUUGCCAAGUUCAUUAUAGGUUUACCUAUUGCUUUUGGAUAUUGGUGUUUUAUUUAAGUAUCACCAAGGGUUGUAGAAAUGCAAUAUCAAUUCAUAAUUAAAAUGAACUCUUUGAAGUUAAUAUUUUUCAGCCUCUAA